CGCGUUGGGCGCCUGAGCGGAACGGAGACCAUUUCCUCCUGCGCGGGCCUGGGCGGCGGAGUCGGCGGCUUUUCUGGCUUCUCAGGCUGUGGAUGUUACCGUGACCGAGCCCUGGUACAGGACUCCGCGCUCAGAAUCUCUCCAGCCUGCGUUCCUGAAGAGAUAUUCGGCGAGCUCUGAUGCUACCUGUUACUCUGUAACACCUGUCAGAGGAAAUCGCAGCCCCGCCCCCUUCCCUUCCCACACUCAGAAUGUCUGGUCUACAGACAGCAUGGCCGCAAGGCACAGAGUGUGUGGCUAAGUAUAACUUCCAGGGCACAACGGAGCAGGACCUGCCCUUCUGCAAAGGAGACGUUCUCACCAUCAUUGGAGUCACCAAGGACCCAAACUGGUACAAAGCCAAGAACACAGUAGGCAGGGAGGGAACGAUUCCAGCAAACUACGUCCAGAAACGAGAAGGAGUGAAAUCAGGAGGCAAACUGAGCUUAAUGCCAUGGUUUCAUGGUAAGAUCACGCGGGACCAGGCGGAGCGGCUGCUGUACCCGCCGGAGACGGGUCUGUAUCUGGUGCGGGAGAGCACCAACUACCCUGGCGACUACACGCUGUGUGUGAGCUGCGAGGGGAAGGUGGAGCACUAUCGCAUCAUCUACCACAACGGCAAACUCUCCAUCGACGAGGAGGAGUUCUUCGAGAACCUCAUGCAGCUGGUGGAGCAUUACACCAAAGAUGCAGACGGACUUUGUACUCGACUGAUCAAGCCAAAGUUGAUGGAGGGGACGGUAGCAGCCCAGGAUGAGUUCUCCAGAAGUGGCUGGGCUCUAAGCAGGAAGGACCUGAAGCUUAUACAGACCAUCGGCAAAGGAGAGUUUGGAGAUGUAAUGGUGGGAGACUACAGAGGGACCAAAGUGGCAGUGAAAUGUAUCAAACACGACGCCACGGCACAAGCCUUCAUCGCUGAGGCCUCAGUUAUGACGCAGCUGAGGCACAAUAACCUGGUGCAGCUGUUGGGAGUGAUUGUAGAGGAGAGAGGAAGUCUCUUCAUCGUCACUGAAUACAUGGCCAAGGGCAGUCUAGUGGAUUACCUGCGCUCACGAGGACGCACCGUGCUGGGAGGAGAUUGCCUGCUCAAAUUUUCACUUGAUGUGUGUGAAGCUAUGGAGUACCUCGAGGUGAAUAACUUCGUGCACAGGGAUCUCGCAGCUCGGAACGUUCUGGUUUCCGAAGACAACAUCGCUAAAGUCAGCGACUUCGGUCUGACCAAGGAAGCUUCGUCCACCCAGGACACGGCCAAGCUGCCUGUUAAAUGGACGUCACCGGAGGCACUCAGAGAGAAGAGGUUUUCCACAAAGUCUGACGUGUGGAGUUACGGAGUCUUGCUUUGGGAAAUCUACUCUUUUGGACGUGUACCUUACCCAAGAAUUCCGCUUAAGGAGGUGGUGCCGCGGGUGGAGAAGGGCUAUAAGAUGGACGCGCCGGACGGCUGCCCGGCCGUGGUGUACGACCUGAUGAAGCAGUGUUGGACCCUGGACUCCGUGAUGAGGCCAUCGUUCCGGAUGCUGCGCGAGAAGCUGCAGCACAUCAGAGCUAAAGAACUCUAUCUGUGAGCCCAGCGCCAGGGAGGGGGCUUCACCCAGGAGGAGAGGUUGUAGUAGGGAGGUUAGGAGUCGGGUGGAGCAGCAGCGGCGGCGGCCUCCUGGAAGCAGAACGUCCAGAAAGGUCCAGGAUGUGUCCGUCACCAACGAGCAGCGAAGCUUGAGAAGAGGCUCUGGGUUUUUGCUUUCGUUCUCUUUCGGACUUUUAUUGGACUGUUGAUCUGGACGCACUCGCGAUGUGUUUCUGUAGACAGAGGAGGACCUUACUAGACCUCCUUUUGUGUGUGUGUGUGUGUGUGUGUGUGAGAGAGAGAGUGUGUAAGAGAGAAUGAAUGUGUGUGGGUGUGUGUUAAAGCGUCCUGAUGAUAUCUGUUUCUUCAGCCUUUUUUUUGUUUGUCAUUUUUCCAUGCCAAUAUCAUAGUGUUGCCUCUCUCUUUCUCUCUCUCUCUCUCUCUCUCUCUCUCUCUCUCUCUUACACACACAGUCCCUCCCUCUCUCCCCCCUUCCUGUCUCUCUCCUUCCUCCCACACACUCUCCUUCCCUUUCACUCUUGUCUUUCCUUUUCUCUCACUCGUUUUUUUUUUUCAGCAUGACAUUAAUGGGAGGAAGGCUGGCCUUUUCUCCGUUGUUGUGUCAGGUGCUUUUCUUUAUCUGUCUCAGUGACAUGCUAGCUUUCUCUCUCUCUCUCUGUCUCUCUCUCUCUUUCUCCUUCCUUCUCUUCCCUAUCUCUCUGUCUCUUACUCUUUUUUGCACAUACACGCUCUCUCAAACUCUCAGGCUACAUUCACACAGCAGGUUAAAGUGGCCCAAAUCUGAUUUUUCUCACCAAAUCGCAAAAGAAGAAAUGCUUCGUGUAAAGUUUCAGUUUCAUCUUUUCCAGCAUCACUUAAGCGCUAUCAAAUACCAUAGUUUGAGUUCCAGUAAGUAAUAGAAGGGCUUGCUGUAAAAAGGACACAUUAAGGUUAAAGGAAAUGGCCAUUUUAUUAGGAACAUACAGUGGUUGCGAUCCUAAUUCCCUAAGUCUUCUAAUUAAGUAAGACUACACCCAGGACUAUUACCAGUUUUGAGGUCAUUAUCCCAACACUGAACCCCUCACUCAUUGCUGACAUCUAUUUUCUUUUCUCCUUGAUGUAAAAAUAUUAACUGACUUCAGCUCUGGCUGUUUAGUCCGAGUCGCAUUUUGGUGCCGUGUAAUAUAAAAGUGGCUCUGACUGGAAUUCCGUUUCAGUGUGUUUAUGCUGUUCACACUGCCACACAGAUCUGUGCCACACAUGAUGAUAUUCCUGCUGUGUGGACGAAGCUUUUGUCUCUCGUUGUAUCUCACUUUUUUGCGCUUUUCCCUCUACUGUCAUUAUUUUCUCUUGCAUUCUGUCUCUCACACCCUCUCAUUCUCUUUCACACUCUCUCUUUUGCUCUUACUCAAGCAUUUUCUCUCUGUCUCACUGUGGCUUCUGUCUGUACCUCAGAUUUCUCUUGUGUUGUGUGGCACGGGUUCUAGGUUCUAGCUACAUGCUUAUCCUGUGAUUGAGUGUAUGUAAGAGUGUGUGUGUGUGAGAGAGAGAGAGAGAGAGAGAGAGAGAGGCGUUCGCUCUGUGCCAAAGUGCCUCCAGAUGGCAGGGCUGAUGCGUCUCGUUUCCCUUCCGCUGCCACACUGAUUUUUUGUUUUGUUUUGUUUGUUUGUUUGUUUUUGUUUGUUUUUAUUCUCUUUUUUAUCAUUUUUUUUAACAGUCGUCUUUUUUGGUUGUUGUUGAUUUGUCUGUUUGCUUAUUUGCUGUCUACAUCCAUAAUGGGUCUAAAUAAACAUGUCCGACAACAUCAGACCGAGCGGGACAAGAGUGAAGAGCUGGGAGGAUGCUCACUUUCUUAAUAUUCAAACACGCACACACACACACACACACACACACAAUUCCUGACAUGCACACACAUCUACGUCUAUGUGAGCACUUCCCAGCCGGGCUCAACCUCGCCAGCCAAAAUCGGACAUGUUUUGCCCGCUGACCCUUCUGGAGGGAUGGAUGGACUCUGUUUUAUAUUAAAAUAUAUUUUAAGGACUCCAAAAAAACUAAACAAAAAAAAACAAGAAAAGAAGAAAAAAAAAAAAAAACAUACGAUGAGAAGAACACAAAGGAGAUUUACUUAACUGAAGUACUUGGACGUGGAGCAAUCGGGGGGAAGGGCGGUACUGCAUGCAAUGCUCGAGUGAGAGAGUGCGCGAGAGAGAGAGAGAGAGGCCUUGGGUUAACUUGUCAGUGCUUUCAAUGUUCAUUGUUUUAUUAUACUACCAUGAUUACGAAUAAAUCAUUCCAUCAGAACGGA